GAACCAUAUUUACCUUUACUAACCGUGCGUACCGUACGAGAUGCAGGAGCUACUGAAAGCGGACAAGACUGGACGAGAAAUCACAGGGAAAAACACCGUUUUGGAAAAAGUCACGCCCCUACGUCGUCUCSUCCGAGAGACAAACCCACAACCACAACAGAAGCGACAGCAGUGGGUGCCUGGCUUCUUCCCAAGAGGCUUCUUCCGCGCAACAAUUUUUCCAGAACAACAGCAGCAGGAGCAGCAACAACAAAAAGCAUGAAAUUCCGCUUCAUUCUGCCGUCSUACCUUGUACAGGCCACCGUGUUACUCACCGGGUUCUUUAUCUGCAACCACUUGUUGCUCCUGGGACGGGUCAACAAGGUCAAGACCUGGUACCAGGAUGGACCCAGCGACACAAGCGGGCAGCAGGCAAAAGCCCUGCGCGAGCGGUUCGCCGGCGGAGAAUCACAGCCCCCCGGCGAUUCGGUACCGCCGCCUCCCCCCGCGGACGCCCCGGUGGCGCACAUCGUAACGACCCGACAGGAAGCCUCGCAGCUGGUGACGAACAUCGUAACGACCCGGCAGGAAGCCUCGAAGCUGGUGACGACCCUGGAAACCAUGGACUACACCGAACCCGGGUGCGUUCCGUCCGGGAAAAACAGUCCCUUCGACUUUGCACCCACGACCAAGUACAGGGACUCCGACAAGCUGCCGCAGUGGAUGAAAGGUAUGGCGUGRCUCGCUGCGAACCAUCGUUCGAUCUGGUGGGCCGGGAAACGCCCCGCCCGUUCUUCGCUAUCGCUGGCUUACCGCUUCUUUUCUUCUUUAUCGUCUGUUUCYGUUUGUGCGCACCCGCCCUUUUCUCUGAACACGCGUUCUUGCGUUUUGGGGGUCGGCAUCCAACUUCCUCGGUAUUGAUGGUUUGGUGUUUGCCACAGACUACUUCGAUUGGCACAGGGAACAGACAUCAUCGCUCAACGAAUGUAACUACAAGAACUAUMAAUUUCUUAUUCUAAGGUGCUCCUCUGCAGAGAGAAAAUGCGGAGGAAUUGCGGACAGGCUGAAAUCGAUACCGUUCUUUAUUGCAGCCGGAGCUCGCUACAAACGAAUUUUCCUGAUUCGAUGGUCCCGGCCCACCAAACUAGAAGAAUUCCUUCUUCCGAACGAAAUCAAUUGGUCGGUACCCGACUGGCUACCCGAUAAAGUGGACAAUUUCGAAGAACAUCCGCAGGCUAUGUGGAUUCCGAGUACCAAAAUGAUGUUUAAAGCUUUGAGGAAGUACAGAAGAAUAAUGGUUCUAGAGGGAAUGGUACAGGAUUUUUAUGGAGGAAGCAAGUAUUACAAACGAUUGGWUAUCGAUAUGGACGAUGCACAAGCAUGGGACAAAGAAAAGGAAAAUCAGCUAGGCGACUUUUCGGGAUGGCCGGACUACGAAAUCAUUUUCCGUGACCUUUUUUUCUCGAUUUUCCAACCCGCCCCGCCCAUUGCGAAACUCGUCCAACAGCACUUGGAUUCGGCAAACCUGGUCCGCGGAGAAUUUGCCGCCGCGCAGUACCGAGCAUUUCAUCAUGUCGCGGACGACAAAACGAAAGUAACAGACGCUUUGCUACAAAAAUCAACUAGGAACGCCCUCAACUGUGCCUCUCAGGUUCAACCAGGGGUUCCCAUCUUUUUCGCAAGCGAUUCGCAAGUUGCCGUAAAUGCUGCUCGAUUCAUAAACGAGAAGCAUCCCGACCGUCACAUUGUCACCUUUGACGGCGAUCAGGAGGCGUUGCAUCUAGACAAGAUGAAAACUUGGACGUCGGGAAACGUUUCCGACUUUUAUUCUGCGUUCGUCGAUUUACUCGUAAUGGCAGAAGCGAAAUGCAUCUCGACUGGUCGUGGUGGCUAUUGCCGCUUCGCAAAUAUUUUAUCCAUCGAUCCGACAUGCAUCAUUCGACACGAUAGUGAAAGAAUAAAAAUGAUCAAACGUUGCAAUUGGAACAGUGGCAAGCCAACGGUCCAGGCGGACGAAGUGGAUSCAUGGUAAUUAAUUUGUCCCUAACCACAACCCGAAAGCGGCAAGCCGAAGACAUCCCUUCAAGAAACUGAAAAAGCAUCGACACUACAACAAAACUCAUCGAUCGGUUUUGAACACACGACAACUUGAAUCCUACAUYGGAGGAGAGAUCGGCUUGCGAACCAAACGCACCCAGGGUUCUCUACAUUCGCGUGGCAAACCAAAUUGUUCAACUAUUCAUCCAAUCAAACCUUGAUUCAUGGGUUUGCGCUCAAUUGGCCAGGYUUGCCAUUGCCCUACAAGCUAUUCAUCAAACUAGACCACCGUAGUGGCUCUGUUGGGAUGUUGCUGUAGCUCCGGGCAGUUAUCGUUCUGCUCGUGCCUGUUCUUUCUCGGCAGUUCAAAUUCUCAAAUUAGAUUUUAACUUUUUUGCUAUGAUAGGAGGAUCUCCAUUUUCAUCACCAUAUGGAGGAUCUCCAUUUUCAUCACCAUCUCUUGCUACACUAGUACAGUAUUUUUUAAUUCUGCACUUAGCACUGUAACUGAAGAAAAUCACAAUGGUUCUCUAAGAAAGUUCACGUGCCAUA